AUGUGUUGAUUUCUUUAGGAUAAGUUCAGAACAGAUGGAAAACGUUUUGGAUCAAGUUAAAGAUACUAAAGUGUAUCAGGAGUAUCAGAAGUUGGGUGUGACAUAUCAGAAGCUCAUCGAUCAAUCCGUUCCCCAUAAGUAUUACCGGUGGGGUCUUUUUGGUGGUGUUUUGUUUAUCUUUAUGGUACGUAUUCUAGUGUCUCAAGGAUGGUACAUCAUUUGCUAUGCUCUAGGAAUCUAUCUAUUGAAUAUGUUGUUAGCUUUCUUAACUCCAAAGUUUGAUCCUUCAUUGGAACAAGAAAGAAGAAGCGAAUCUAUUGAAGAAGGUUUAGGGGAAGAUGAUGACCCUGCUGAAAACGAAGAAGAAUUCAGACCAUUUAUUAGAAGAUUGCCCGAAUUCAAGUUUUGGUACAAUUCCACAAGAGCUGUCAUACUUGCCUUGAUUACUUCUUUCUUUUCCAUCUUCGAUAUUCCCGUGUUUUGGCCUAUUUUGUUGAUGUAUUUCAUUAUUUUGUUCACCUUAACUAUGAGAAAACAAAUCCAACACAUGAUCAAAUAUAAGUAUUUGCCAUUCGACUUUGGUAAGGCCAAAUACAAGCCAAGAACCUAAAAGUUGGCGAAGAAAGAAAACAUCUCAGUUGUAACAUAACUCACCUAGAAAUUCCAAUAUAGCUUUCGGGACCUUUUCACGGUUUAACUCAUAUUCUUUGCAAUAAUAAGUAGGGUAUAUAGUUUACGAUGAAGAUGACAUGUAAAGAUACCAAUACUUCUGAGUGUCUAAUAAACAUUUUUAAUAUUUGUUAGUUUAGCAAAUGGCAUAGAUUUC